GGUCCUCCGCGCCGGUCAGCAGCGGCGCGCUCACCUUCGACUUCCACGGUAUGCUGACCAGGCUGCUCCCCACGGUGUUUCCUCGCAUCGUGGCGCACGCCGCGAAGACGCCCGCCCUGCGCCUGACGUACUCGCGGGUGUACCGGGACUCUGCCACGAUCUUUUUGGGCCGCAAGAAGUUGUCGCUGAACUUGGUGCCGCCGACGCAGCCGGAGAUGAUUGCCAUUCAACCACUUGGCAGUACGGAUUCGGACCUCCUCGGCCGUGCCC